AAGGUUAUGGUUUAAUGCCACUGUGUUUACCUUAUCUCCCAAAACUUGCUCUUUAUUCAAACAAAGCAAGAGCGCCAAACGAAACAAACAAUGGCAGCUUCUACUUCUCCAAACUUCUCAACAUCUUUGUACAAUAAUACCCAGAAAACAAAUUUUCCAUCUUCACUCGGAAAGAAUAAGUCUUUGCAGACCCAAUUUGGUUUCUCAUUUUCUGUGCCAUUCAACAAAUCCAUACGUGUGAAAUCCUAUGGCACUGCUAAGUAUGAUGAAGUAGUGGUGGAUGAAGAACUGGACAAGAUUAGGAGGCUUCAGAAUGGUUCAGAUGUUAGAGGAGUGGCAUUGGAAGGUGAGAAAGGUAGAACAGUUGACCUUACUCCACCAGCUGUGGAAGCAAUAUCAGAGAGUUUUGGGGAGUGGGUCAUCAAUGGUUUAGAAAAGGAAAGGGGACACCCUGUAGAGAAUGUGAGAGUGUCUCUUGGUCGUGACCCUCGUAUUUCGGGGUCAAAGUUGAGUGUGACGGUGUUUUCAGGUCUUUCUCGUGCUGGUUGCAUGGUGUUUGAUAUGGGACUAGCCACCACACCAGCUUGUUUCAUGAGCACAUUGUUGCCUCCAUUUGUCUAUGAUGCUUCAAUAAUGAUGACAGCUUCUCACUUGCCUUAUACCCGUAAUGGUCUGAAAUUUUUUACGAAGAGAGGGGGAUUGACUUCGACGGAGGUGGAAGAAAUAUGUGACAAAGCUGCUCGCAAAUAUGCAAAUAGGAUGGCCAAAGUGUCUACCAUGCUUAGUGUUCUUCCAGCAAGAGUUGAUUUCAUGAGCACUUAUGCAAAGCACCUACGAGAAAUCAUCAAAGAGAGGAUCAAUCAUCCUUUUCAUUAUGACACUCCACUCCAGGGAUUUCAGAUAAUAGUAAAUGCUGGAAACGGCUCAGGAGGCUUCUUCACAUGGGAUGUGCUGGAUAAACUUGGUGCAGAUACCUUUGGCUCUCUGCAUCUUAAUCCUGAUGGGAUGUUUCCUAAUCACAUUCCAAACCCUGAGGAUAAAACUGCCAUGGCACUGACAACGGCUGCAGUUUUAGAAAAUUCAGCUGAUCUUGGAAUAGUUUUUGAUACUGAUGUGGACAGAAGUGGAGUGGUUGAUAACAAAGGGAACCCAAUAAAUGGUGACAAGCUUAUUGCUCUCAUGUCAGCAAUUGUAUUGAGGGAAUAUCCAGGAUCAACUAUAGUCACCGAUGCUCGUACAAGUAUGGCACUUAAUAGAUUUAUAACUGAUAGAGGGGGUCAACAUUGCCUAUAUCGUGUUGGUUAUAGAAAUGUCAUUGACAAGGGAGCACAACUUAACAAGGAUGGAAUUGAAACCCAUCUUAUGAUGGAAACAUCUGGUCAUGGUGCUCUCAAAGAAAAUCAUUUCCUUGAUGAUGGAGCUUACAUGGUGGUGAAAAUUAUAAUUGAAAUGGUACGAAUGAAGCUUGCGGGAUCAGAUGAAGGGAUUGGUAGUCUUAUAAAAGAUCUUGAAGAGCCAUAUGAAUCGAUAGAACUUCGGAUAAAUAUCAUCUCCCAACCUCGACAUGCUAAAGCUAAAGGAUCAGAGGCGAUUGAAACAUUUAGAAACUACAUUGAGGAAGGGAGGCUUAAAGGGUGGGAGUUAGACUCAUGUGGUGACUGUUGGGUGAGUGAAGGGUGCCUUGUAGAUACAAAUGACACCCCGGCUCCCAUUGAUGCUCGCAUGUACAGGGCAAAAGUAUCAAAUGAUGAGCAUGGACAACAUGGUUGGGUUCACAUGCGACAGAGUAUACACAACCCAAACAUUGCUGUGAACCUGCAAUCAUCUGUUCAUGGAGGGUGUUUGUCCAUGGCAAGAGCUUUUAGAGAUGAGUUUCUCAUAACAAGUGGAGUUCAUACAUUCCUGGAUAUUACUCAAGUUGAUAAGUUUGCUGAAAAUGGCUCCGUGGCCUAACUUGAAAUUACUUUAUUCUAAAUGCUAGUCUGGGCUACACGUCUUGAUCACGGAUAGCUAUUGUAGCAUUUCAAUUGAUAUUAUUUUACUGUGAAUUAUUGUAUCAUAAGCUUAAGAAAAGGAAAAGUAUACAACUGCAAUUGAGUACAUAUUAGUCUAGUUUGAG